UGCCGGGGUCUGAGGUUCGCCAUGGGGACCGCCUCGUCCCUGGUUAGCCCCGCUGGCGGGGAGGUGAUCGAGGACACGUACGGGGGCGGCGGGGGCGAAGCGUGCGAGAUCCCGGUGGAAGUGAAGCCCAAGGCCCGCCUGCUGCGCGGCUCGUUCCGCCGAGCCGGGGCCGCGGGGGCCGGGGCCGGCGCGGCGGCCGGGGCCGGGGCCGGGGCGCGCGGCGCGGGCGGGCUGCUCGGGGCCAGCUUCAAGUCCACGGGCUCGUCGGUGCCCGAGCUGGAGUACGCGGCGGCCGAGUGCGAGCGGCUGAAGAAGGAGUACGAGAUCUUCCGGGUCAGCAAGAACCAGGAGCUGCUGGCCAUGGGCCGCCGGGAGGCCAAGCUGGACACGGAGAACAAGCGGCUGCGGGCCGAGCUUCAGGCACUUCAGAAAACUUAUCAGAAGAUACUUCGAGAAAAGGAAAGUGCUUUAGAAGCUAAAUAUCAAGCUAUGGAGAGAGCAGCAACAUUUGAACAAGAUCGAGAUAAAGUUAAAAGACAAUUCAAGAUUUUUCGGGAAACUAAGGAAAAUGAAAUCCAGGACUUGUUAAGAGCCAAGCGAGAACUGGAGGCCAAACUUCAGAGACUCCAGGCUCAAGGCAUUCAGGUCUUUGAUCCCGAGGAGUCUGAUUCUGAUGACAAUUGCACAGAUGUCACUGCUACUGGAACUCAAUGUGACUACUGGCGUGGUGGUGCCUUGGGGAGGGAGCCCUCCAUAGGCAGUAUGAUGCAGCUUCAACAGUCUCACAGGGGACCUGAGUUUGCUCAUAGUUCCAUAGAUGUAGAAGGACCAUUUGCAAAUGUUAACCGAGAUGACUGGGAUGCUGCUGUGGCUAGUUUACUACAAGUUACUCCACUGUUCUCACAUUCUUUGUGGAGUAAUACAGUCAGAUGUUACCUCAUCAACACUGAUGAAACACAGCCCGAAAUGGACAUUUUUUUGAGGGACUAUUCACCCAAACUCCAAAGGAUGUGUGAGACAAUAGGAUACUUCUUCCAUGCAAUUUAUUUUCCAAUAGAUAAUGGAAAUCAUUAUUUCAAUGUAAGAAAAUGGGAAAUUGAGAAGAGUUCAUUAGUUAUUUUGUUUAUUCAUUUAACUUUGCCAAGCUGUUUGUUGGAGGACUGUGAAGAGGCAUUUUUGAAAAACUCUGAAGGAAAGCCUCGAUUGAUCUAUCAUCGCUUGGAGGAUGGCCAAGUCAGCUCUGACUCGGUCCAGCGGCUGAUUGAACAAGUUUCUUACUUGAACAAAGCUAACAAGGCCAAGAUUAUUGACCACCAAGGAGAGCCUGCAGAAGGAGUAUAUAAAACUUAUAAUUACGUGGAAAAAAUUAUUAAACAGGAUAUACUGGGCUUUGAGAACACAGAACAAGAAAUGAAAGAUUUGGACAAUGAAGAGGAUUCUACCAUUCCAGAAGAAGAAGAUUAUGGUGACGUUUUGUGGGACAUCCAUGAUGAACAAGAGCAAAUGGAGGCUUUUCAACAAGCUUCAAAUUCAGCAUAUGAUCUGGGAUUUGAGAAAUAUUAUCAGCGCCUAAAUGACCUUGUGGCAGCAGCAGCACCCAUCCCACCCCUUCUUGUGUCCGGAGGACCAGGCUCUGGGAAAUCGCUUCUUUUAUCUAAAUGGAUUCAGCUGCAGCAAAAGCAUUCUCCAAACACCCUAAUUCUGUAUCACUUUGUGGGGAGGCCCAUGUCCACCAGCUCAGAGUCAGCCUCAAUAAUUAAAAGACUGACUUUAAAGAUAGAAAUACCUUCUGCCUGCUAUCUCAGCCUGAACAAAUCAUGUGUCUUCUUGCAGCUGAUGCAGCAUUCCUGGUCAGUGUCUGGGCUAACACUGGAUCCCGGUAAACUCCUCGAGGAGUUUCCACGGUGGUUAGAAAAGCUCUCUGCUCGUCAUCAAGGCAGUAUUAUCAUCAUUAUUGAUUCUAUAGAUCAAGUUCAGCAAGUUGAAAAGCACAUGAAAUGGCUGAUAGAUCCCCUGCCUGUGAAUGUGAGAGUAAUUGUGUCUGUGAAUGUAGAAACAUGCCCUCCGGCAUGGAGGUUGUGGCCAACACUUCAUCUGGAUCCUUUAAAUUCAAAAGAUGCAAAAGCUCUUAUUACUGCAGAAUGUAGCUGUGUAAAUAUCAAGUUGACCAAAGACCAGGAAAAGAAACUCGAGCGACACUGUCGAUCUGCUACUACCUGCAACGCCUUAUAUGUCACCCUUUUGUGUAAAAUGAUCACACACAGGGCUGGAAAAGCAGGCAGCAUAGAUGAAAUCUUGCAGCAGUGUUUCCAGUGUCAGGAUACUGUGUCCUUGUAUAGGCUGGUACUGAGAUCAAUUCAGGAAUCCAUGGAAAAUGAUAAAGAAAGGGAUCUAAUGAAGGAGAUCCUCUGCCUGGUCACUGUCAGUCACAAUGGAGUGAGUGAAUCAGAACUGAUGGAACUCUACCCUGACCUGUCCUGGCCGGUGCUGACAUCCCUCAUUCAUAGUUUGCACAAAAUGUGUUUAUUGACGUAUGGCUGUGGCUUACUCAAGUUCCAGCAUCUCCAGGCUUGGGAAACAGUGAGAUUAGAAUACAUGGAAGAAAGUCAAGAUAUUUCUACCUAUAGAGAAAAGUUAAUUGAAUAUUUCACUUCCCAACUAAGUAAAGCCCGAGUGACCUGGAGGUGUGCGGAUGAGCUCCCUUGGCUUUUCCAACAACAAGGCAACAGACAGAAGUUGCACGAAUGUCUACUCAACCUCUUUGUGUCUCAGAAUCUUUAUAAAAGAGGACACUUUGCUGAAUUGCUGAGCUAUUGGCAGCUCGUUGGGAGAGAUAAGGGAUCCAUGGCUGCCGAAUAUUUUGAUUCCUUGAAGCAGUACGAGAAAAACUGUGAAGGAGAAGAAAGCAUGAUGUCGUUAGCUAAUCUCUAUGAAACCUUGGGUCGAUUUCUCAAGGACCUCGGCCUUCUCAGUCAGGCUAUUGUUCCCUUGCAGAGGUCUUUAGAAAUCCGAGAAACAGCCCUGGAUCCAGAUCAUCCUCGAGUGGCCCAGUCCCUCCAUCAGCUGGCAAGUGUUUAUGUACAGUGGAAAAAAUUUGGCAAUGCCGAGCAGCUCUAUAAACAAGCCCUGGAAAUCCUGGAGAAUGCUUAUGGUUCCGAACACCCUCUUAUUGCCCGGGAGCUAGAUGCGCUUGCAACCUUGUAUCAGAAACAAAACAAAUAUGAACAAGCUGAACAUCUAAGGAAAAAGUCCUUUAAGAUCCGACAGAAAGUUGCAAGGAGAAAAGGCAAUUUGUAUGGAUUCGCUCUCCUACGUCGACGGGCUCUACAGUUAGAAGAACUUACAUUAAGCAAAGACACACCGGAUAAUGCUCGAACCCUCAAUGAGCUGGGUGUUCUCUAUUAUCUGCAAAAUAAUCUUGAGGCCGCCGAUCUGUUUCUGAAACGCUCCUUAGACAUGAGGGAGCGAGUCUUAGGGCCGGACCAUCCUGACUGUGCCCAGUCUUUAAACAACCUGGCUGCUCUCUACAACGAGAAGCAGCAGUAUGCAGAGGCGGAGGAACUCUAUGAGCGAGCCCUGGACAUUAGGAGGCGAGCACUGGCCCCCGACCACCCCUCACUGGCAUAUACAGGGAAGCAUCUAGCGAUCCUGUACAAGAAACUGGGGAAACUUGAUAAGGCUGUGCCUUUAUAUGAACUGGCUGUAGAAAUACGUCAGAAAUCUUUUGGUCCAAAACAUCCUAGUGUGGCUACUGCCUUGGUAAACCUUGCUGUCCUUUAUAGCCAAAUGAAAAAGCCUAUUGAAGCCUUACCAUUGUAUGAACGAGCGUUAAAGAUUUAUGAAGACAGCCUGGGUCGGAUGCACCCACGAGUAGGUGAAACACUGAAAAAUUUGGCUGUGCUGAGCUAUGAAGGAGGAGAUUUUGAAAAGGCUGCUGAGCUCUACAAGAGAGCAAUGGAUAUAAAAGAAGCAGAAACGUCUCUUGUCGGAGGAAAUGCGCUCUCGAGGCACUCAUCCAGUGGAGAUACAUUUAGUUUAAAAACUCUUUCCCCCAAUGUUUUCCUUCUCCAUGGACAAAGGUAGCAGUCUCCGUUUUAAGAAUAUAGGCUAAUUAAAACUCUCCAAACUGAAGCAGACAUUGAUGCACUUUACAAUGAAUUAUUUGAGGCUUGGGACAGUAUUACUUCAAACCAUAACAAAGUGGUUUUUGCUUUUUUUUUUUUUUUUUAAGUUAUUUGUCUCUGGCUGCCUUGUGCUGAUCUAGAGUUUUAUGUACUUAUAUGGAAGAGUGACUGGGAAUAAAAGGAGUCAAGGGAUGGAGUUACACCUGGAUACCUUGUGCCAACUUUAAAAAUAUUUUUUAUACUUUUCUUAAAGAAUUUCCUUCUAGAGUGUGACAGUUCUAAGAUAUGUAGACCAGGGUGCCCUCCAUCUCUCGGUACGAGGUCAGUCAGUUUCACACCAGGAACUCAAGGAUUCUGGACAGCAUCCUUUUUCAGUUGUGUUUCUUUAAGCAGCAGCCCUGCCUCUAUAUCUACCUCAUAGAGAUUUUGAGGAUUAAAAUGAUAAUAGAUCAAUCUAUUUGAACAUAAAAUAUUGGUAUUAAACAUUGGCUGCUACAUUCUUAUGAUUUCUUCCACUGUCGUUUUUUUCUUAAGAAGACUAUGCUAAUAUAUAA